UCAAUCACCUUCAACAUGCGACACUUGUCAGCCAACCAUUGGAUGUUUUAACUCAACGCCUCGAAAACAGUGUGAUUCCAUUUUCGCAUUAUAUCAGAUUCAGUUUCUCUCCGUAUUCCAAAUUUCAAACCACCACUCAGAUCUUUAGACGAAGAACGAAGGAUUGUUGAAAUCGAAGAUGUCAUCAUCACGUGAAGAGAAUGUGUACAUGGCGAAACUAGCCGAGCAAGCCGAGCGUUACGAAGAAAUGGUCGAGUUCAUGGAGAAAGUUGCUAAAUCUGUUGACAACGAAGAGCUCACUGUUGAAGAGAGGAACCUUCUCUCCGUUGCUUACAAGAACGUGAUUGGAGCCAGGAGGGCUUCGUGGAGGAUCAUCUCUUCCAUUGAGCAGAAGGAAGAGAGCAAAGGGAACGAGGAUCACGUUGCUAUCAUCAAGGACUACAGGGCCAAGAUCGAAGCUGAGCUUAGCAAAAUCUGCGAUGGAAUCUUGAAUGUUCUUGAAGCUCAUCUCAUUCCAUCUGCUUCGCCUGCUGAGUCUAAAGUGUUUUACCUUAAGAUGAAGGGAGAUUAUCACAGGUAUCUUGCUGAGUUUAAGGCUGGCAACGAGAGGAAAGAUGCUGCUGAAAGCACUUUGGUUGCUUACAAGUCUGCUCAGGACAUUGCCACUGCUGAGUUGGCUCCCACUCACCCGAUCAGGCUUGGUCUUGCACUCAACUUCUCUGUGUUUUACUAUGAGAUCCUUAACUCGCCUGACCGUGCCUGCAGCCUCGCCAAGCAGGCUUUUGAUGAAGCAAUCGCUGAGUUAGACACGUUGGGUGAGGAAUCAUACAAGGACAGUACACUGAUCAUGCAGCUUCUCAGAGACAAUCUCACUCUCUGGACUUCGGACAUGACAGACGAAGCAGGAGAUGAGAUAAAGGAGACGUCGAAGCCAGAAGGUGCUGCAGAGUAAAGCUGAAGACUGAGGAGUGGUUUUAUGAAUGGUAUAAACUUCGUAGAAGGUUAUGUGAUAAUUCUGAGUGAGAGAUGGUAGCUCAGAACUCGUACCAGUUGCACUUUUAUUGUUUGUUUUGUUUAUUUCGUAACAAUUUGAAAUCCACUGUGCGAAUUUGCGAUUGAUUCCUCCUUUAGGUUCCUCGAAAUUUCCUAUUUUUCAAUGAAAUCAAAACAUGCAGUUUCUGCUCU